GUUUGGUUUUUGUUUAUUUUGCACAUUCUUCUCUACGAUUGUGAGGAAGAAAAAUGCAACCAGAAAACUUUAAAGAAACAUUCUGCAAGUUGUGUCUACAUCCUAUAAGCAAUACAAAUUGCCAGUUAAUAGGAGAAAUCACAAAGGACUUUCCAGAAAUUGUUUUGCCAAAAUUGAAUUUGAAGGAAAGAGAUAAAUAUUUCAUGUGCAACAGCUGCUCCGUGAAAUUAUCUGCCGCUCUUAACUUUAAAUCCGCAUGUAUGGGAACUGAGGAUAUAAUUAUUUCUUAUGUUAAUUCUAGUAAAACGUCAGUGGUGGAUUUAAAGGAAAUUUAUCUAAAGGAGAAGGGAAAUGUUCAGUUAAUUGAUAUAAGGGAGAAUCAGAGAAUUUGUCGAUUAUGUUUUCAGUUGGUGACGUGUGGAUGCGUUUCACUAAAUGAAGUGGAUGUUGACAUAAUUAAUACAUAUAUACAAGUUGACAUCAGUGCUACCCGGGACCCAGUAAUAUGCGGUCCAUGUUUUGAUUCCCUUCAUAGUCAUGGCAGUUUUCUGAAGAACUGCAUUGAUGCGCAAGAAUAUAAACAUAUAGAUAAGCAAUUCAAUAUUAAAAUCGAAGAAACUGAAAUAAAACUGGAAGAUGGUCAGGAUGCGCUGGAGAAAUAUGAAAACAUCGAUAAGCAGUCUUAUAUUCCAUUUGAAAGGGUUGAUAUAAAGGUAGAGGACGAUUACUGGCAUGGUGAAUCUUCUUCAUAUGGCUUUGAUGAAAAAAUUGAUAAUGAAAAGAUGCACGUUUGUGAAGAUGUGGGAGAAGUAAAGAGCGAACGCGUGCUUAAAUGUGAGACAGGAUUUAAUGACACCUACAAAAGCGAAAAGCCUAUAUUUCAGAAUUGUGCGCCUGCUUUAGACACACCGUUGUACCGAUGCGAUGAAUGUACAUAUGAAACUAAACGUAAACCGAACCUGAUAAGGCAUCAGCUGAAACACAAAAACCCUUCAGAAGUAAGAAUGUACAAAUGCGAUACUUGCACUUACGAAAGUAAAUAUAAAGGCGACAUAAACAAGCAUCAGUUGAUCCACAGAAACACCUCGGAAAUCCAGAUGUACAAGUGCAGUAUUUGUACUUACGAGGCUAAAUGUAAGAAUUACCUAAAAAUGCACGAAUUAGUACACAAAGAUUCUUCAGAAAUCCAAAUGUACAAAUGUGACACCUGCACUUACGAAAGUAAAUAUAAGCACGGACUGGAACUGCAUCUGUUAACGCACAAAGACCCUUCGGAAAUCCGAAUGCACAAGUGCAACACGUGUAAUUACGAAACCAAACGGAAGAGCCACUUAAAAGUGCAUCAGUUACUGCACAAAGACCCUUCGGAGAUCCACAUGUACAAAUGUCAUUCCUGUACCUAUGAGACUAAAUAUAAGGGAUCCCUAAAGGAUCACCAGUUAAAGCACAAAAACCCUUCGAAAAUUCAAAUGUACAAGUGCGAUAGGUGUCCUUAUGAAGCUAAAUAUAAGAAGAAUCUAAGAAAUCAUCAACUAACACAUGAGAACUCUUCCUCGACUUGAUUGUGAGAAUGUAGUACGCGUAAUGGCUUCUGUUAAUAAAAGUUAUGCUACAUGUCAUCCGUCGGUACAUAAACGUCAAAGUAUUAAAAUGUAAAUAAUGUGUUUUCGAGAUCAUACCUGGGUGCAGAUGUACAAAUGAUUUCCAAACAAGGCAUAAACUUGUAUUUUAUUUGAAGUACUGUGUUUGGUCUGUGAAUUUUAAUGAGAAUAACAUGCAUUUACUAAUCCAUCUGAUAUGAUAUGGCAAUAGGGUCAGGGGCCUCAUUUAAUACAAAAAAUAUCCAUAUUUUGUAGUGAUCUGUAUCACACUGAAAAAUAUUGAUAUUUAAAACCUUUUCAAAUAUGGGGAACAUUUAAAUGAGAAUUAGACAGAAUUUCAAGUGUAGUAGUAUGGUGUUAA